AUGAAAACAUACCACAUGUAUCAUGCAGAGAGCAUCAGUGCAGAAAGCAAACUGAAGGAGGCAGAGAAGCAAGAAGAAAAACAGAUUGGGAGGUCAGGAGACCCUGUUUUUCAUAUUCGACUAGAAGAAAGGCACCAGAGACGGAGCUCUGUGAAAAAGAUUGAAAAAAUGAAGGAAAAACGUCAAGCAAAAUAUUCUGAAAACAAGCUGAAAUCUAUUAAGGCCCGUAAUGAAUACCUGCUCACCCUUGAAGCAACUAAUGCUUCUGUUUUCAAGUACUAUAUUCACGACCUUUCGGAUUUAAUUGACUGUUGCGAUCUUGGAUACCACGCUAGUCUGAACAGAGCCCUGAGAACAUACCUUUCUGCAGAGUAUAACCUUGAAACUUCCAGGCAUGAGGGCUUAGACAUCAUUGAAAAUGCAGUUGACAGUUUGGAGCCACGAAGUGACAAGCAGAGAUUCAUGGAAAUGUACCCCACCGCUUUUUGUCCACCAAUGAAAUUUGAGUUCCAGUCUCAUAUGGGAGAUGAGGUUUGUCAGGUCACUGCCCAGCAACCUGUGCAAGCAGAGCUUAUGCUUAGGUAUCAGCAACUACAGUCACGAUUGGCCACACUCAAAAUCGAAAAUGAGGAGGUUAAGAAAACAACAGAGGCUACCCUGCAGACAAUACAAGAUAUGGUCACCAUUGAAGACUAUGAUGUGUCAGAAUGUUUCCAGCACAGUCGCUCAACAGAGUCUGUGAAGUCAACAGUCUCUGAGACAUACCUGAGUAAGCCUAGCAUUGCAAAAAGAAGAGCUAACCAGCAGGAAACAGAGCAAUUCUAUUUCAUGAAAUUCAGAGAAUAUCUGGAAGGUAGUAAUCUCAUCACAAAACUUCAAGCAAAACAUGACUUGCUGCAGAGGACACUCGGAGAAGGUCACAGGGCUGAAUACAUGACAACAAGGCCUCCAAAUCUUCCCCCUAAGCCCCAGAAACACAGGAAGCCCAGACCCCGAUCACAGUAUAGUGCUAAGUUGUUUAAUGGUGAUUUGGAGUCAUUCAUCAAGGAUUCAGGACAAGUCAUUCCUCUCAUCGUGGAAAGCUGUAUCAGAUUUAUCAAUUUAUACGGUCUUCAGCAUCAGGGAAUUUUUAGAGUGUCUGGUUCCCAGGUGGAAGUCAAUGAUAUUAAAAAUUCGUUUGAGAGAGGUGAAAAUCCUUUGGCAGAUGACCAAAGUAACCAUGACAUUAACUCAGUUGCUGGAGUACUGAAGCUCUAUUUCCGAGGGCUGGAAAAUCCUGUCUUUCCUAAGGAAAGAUUUAAUGAUCUUAUUUCUUGUAUCAGAAUAGACAAUCUCUAUGAGAGGGCUCUUCACAUCCGCAAACUCCUCCUUACUUUGCCCAGGUCGGUCCUUAUAGUGAUGAGGUACCUCUUCGCCUUCCUCAACCACCUUUCACAGUACAGUGAUGAAAACAUGAUGGAUCCGUACAACCUGGCUAUUUGUUUUGGGCCAACCCUGAUGCCUGUUCCAGACAUACAAGACCAGGUGUCUUGUCAGGCACAUGUGAAUGAGAUAAUCAAAACUAUCAUCAUCCAUCAUGAGGCUAUUUUUCCAGAUGCUAAAGAACUUGAUGGCCCAGUGUAUGAAAAAUGCAUGGCUGGAGAUGACUACUGUGACAGCCCAUACAGCGAACAUGGUACCUUAGAGGAAGUGGACCAAGAUGCUAGUACAGAGCCCCAUACCAGUGAAGACGAGUGUGAGCCCAUAGAAGCUAUAGCCAAGUUUGACUACGUUGGAAGAUCUGCACGAGAACUCUCUUUCAAGAAAGGAGCUUCCCUUCUGCUCUAUCACCGAGCUUCUGAAGACUGGUGGGAAGGAAGGCACAACGGAAUUGAUGGCCUUGUCCCUCACCAGUACAUAGUGGUGCAGGAUAUGGAUGAUACUUUCUCAGAUACACUGAGCCAAAAAGCAGACAGUGAGGCCAGCAGCGGACCCAUAACUGAGGACAAGUCAUCAUCAAAGGACAUGAACUCUCCCACUGACCGUCACUCUGAUGUGUAUUUAGGAAGGCAAAGAAAGAGAUCAGAACCUCCACCUCCUCUAAGACGCCCUGGCAGGAGCAGUGACGGUCACUGCCCUGUACACCCACCUCACCCUCUUUCCAACUCUUCCAUGGAGCUAGGUUCCCCCAACCUGGCAACUCACUGCAGUCCCAGAGCCCUCCUUCAAAAUCGCAACCUCAAUGCCGACAGCCCUGAAAGGAGGCGUAGGCCUGGACAUGGCAGUCUCACCAACAUCAGUAGGCACGAUUCUCUGAAGAAGAUUGAUAGCCCUCCAAUUAGAAGAUCUACAUCAUCGGGUCAGUACACGGGUUUCAAUGACCAUAAACCACUGGACCCAGAGUCAAUAGCUCAGGACAUCGAGGAGACGAUGAACACGGCGCUGAACGAGCUCCGUGAGCUGGAGCGGCAGAGCUCGGCAAAGCAUGCCCCUGAUGUCGUGUUGGACACCUUGGAACAAAUGAAAAACACCCCCACCCCUGCCACCUCCACGGAGUCGCUCAGCCCUCUCCACAGCAUCGUUUUAAGGAGCUCCGAGCCUCAGAUCCGCCGUAGCACUAGUUCUUCCAGUGAUACCAUGAGUACUUUCAAGCCCAUGGUGGCCCCUAGAAUGGGAGUGCAGCUGAAACCUCCUGCUCUUAGGCCAAAACCUAUUGUUCUUCCAAAAACAAAUCCUAGCAUAGGGCCUUCCCCUCCUUCCCAGGGUCCAGCCGACAAAUCUUGCACAAUGUAGACAGCUCAGCCACCCACAGUGCCCGGCUUGGGUAUGCUAGGGGAAGGGAUGGAUUAACGAUAGAAGUCAGGGCUCCAUAACAUCGUUUGUUCAUGUUUGUAACUGGAGAGGCUUUGUUUUUCAGUGUUUUUGAAUGUAUUGUCUGAAACUAGCUACAUUAACAUGGGCAUUUGUAUUUUGUAUGGUUUCAAUUAAAAGAAAAACUGGACAAUUGUGCAUCGUUUUAAAAAACAAACAUAGACUUACUUGAAAACUUGAUGCUGCACCAUUUGUAAUAAAAACAACACAGAUCACAAACAGCUUGCCACGUUGUACCAUACUUCACAGUCGUACCGUAAUACCAGAUCCUGCACAAAACUAAGGGGCGGGGGAGUCAGGGGAGGGGGGACCUCUUAUUUCUGGGUCACUAAACCAAAUCUCAAGCAGGUUAGUAAGAGCUGAAAUCUAGCAUGUGAGGAUUAAGUGUCUGUGUGGAAUGUCUAAGUCAUCUCAGGCCACAUUUCUUAUUUAAGACACACCAAAAUAAUCCACCAAGCCCUCACAACUCUCACAAUCGGCACCGAGUUUUAGCUUUCUUGUUGGCAGUCUCACGAGAGACAAGCACUGGAUGGAUCUGGAGAUCACAUUGCUCUCACCGAUAAAAAGCAGCAUUCCAGGUCACAGCUAAAGCACAUCUCCAGGAUAGUAUCUAGAAACUCCUUUUGCUGUCCUCUGUAACAGUGUACCUUUUCCCAUGAAGCUAGGCCUUCAUUCCCUGAGACUACAUAUUUUCACAAAAGCUAACUUCAUUUAAAGUUCAUAGUUGAGCGAGCCAGGCUCUGGGGAGUACGUGAAUCUGUUGGU